AUGUUGCCAAAGGCAGUUCUUGUGUUCGUGCUCGUGUACAUCACUGGAUGUCUCGCGAGACCUUUGCCAGACUCUUUGGAUUAUCUACCCACGCUGGAGUAUCUUCGAGCUGUAGUUCGUUUCAGUACAUACUCCCUUUCCGAAGUGACAGUGGAUCCAGUUUUAAAACUUGAGUUCGAUGUAUCACGAGCCCUAAGCAAUGUCAGCCAAGCACUUUCCAAUACUGAAGAAGCAGCUGAGAAGAUCGUCAAACUUCUCCAAGCAAAAGAUACCUUUAGCGACAUGCAACUGCUUGGUGAAACUCUUCAAGAAAUGCACCAAGGCUUAAUGGAUCCGGAUUUUCACUUCCCUGAGUACUUGGAGAAGGAAAACGCUUUCCAAGAGAUGGAACUCCUCAAUCGCACCAUGAGUGAGCAUUUGUCACGGGUAGAUUUCAAAAAACCAACUCUAGACUUCAACGAUCUUCGAGAGAUCAAUAGCUUUCUGACCGGUGCCACCAGUCAAGUGAUGUCCUCGACAGUGGCAUUACUUUCAAUCUCCACCGUCGAAAAGCUGCAAUACUAUCUCAAAGUGCUACAACUACCAGAUAGCAUGGAGGCAAUCGAGCUGAAAAACCUUCAAGAUAUUAAUCAGCUUGUACGAUCCUAUCAUCAGCUUUAUGGUGCUGCUCUAAAUGUUGCAUCACAACGCUACCUCCGGGAAGUUGCUGAUGGUGCACGCCAGCUGCAAUCGAUGAUUCGCUCUUUGGCAUUCCCGCGAGAGAGUCUCGAACAAGCUGCCGCACAGUUUUCAAACCGAGUGGACAACUUUUUCCAGACUGCGCUCGGUGAUCUACAAACGAUGGAACAAAAAGCUGACGAUCGAUUUGCGGAAGUCUUACAACAUAUCUUCUAUACCUCAUACGGUUUGGUAUCGUCGGGGAUGGGAAUGUUGCGUCCCUAUGUACGGCACAUAGAAUGCGUGCGAGAACUUGUACCACGUGCCCAAACGGUUGCCGGAGUAAGCUUGAUGUCUGUCUCGCUGUGUUCAAACAGAGCAACUACGACGCUGUACGAUGCAACGAUGGUGUAUCACGAUAAAAUAAGUCAAUUUCAGAAUCAAAUCUUGGCACAACUUCAAAUGCUGGAAGCUUGUGCUAAGCUAGAUGGAGAAAGUUGUUCUACGGUGUAUAAUGAGACGUUGGAAAACAUUAAUGCAAACACAGACGCGGUGAAAAAUUUUGCAGUUGAUUUUGAACCAUACAGAGUGCAACUGUUCAGCUGUUUUACCUCCAGAUACGAAAUCGAGAUGGCCAAAGUGCUGGAUAUGGCUUACAACUUUGACAAAUGUGUAAAGAUGACCCGAUAG